AUGCCAAUCAUCAAUACCGCCAGCAGAAAGCGAGAUAGGUCACCAUCGCGUCCCUCUCCACGCAGUCGAUCUCGCCUUGGUACUUCGAUGGCCAAAUGGUCCAAGCAACGUCUCUCCCAAACCACCACACUGAGUCACUUCCUCUACGAUGGCAACACCUCCCAAUCCCUCGAGUCCACAAGCACUGGCCGGUCCAGGACUAGUGUCAAGAGUCAACUUAAGCGAGGCGUAUCCAACGUCAAGACCAUCUUUCAUAUCGGUGAUCACCACAGCGCUGGUGAUGCCCAGGUCAUACCCGAGCUUCUCCCUCCCAGCCCCACGCACGCCCCAGAAGUCAAUCUCCUUGGGAAUGAUUCCAAUACUACCACCAUACAUCAACCUCUAAAACUACGCCUGAUGGGCGUGCACGACAUCAUCGAGAGUGACAGAUGCCGCCUCAGGCAUCAGUCAGCCGAGCCGUCACCUGAGGUUCAUGUGCCUAACAAUGUUGAAGAGUCGGCAGGACUCCUUCAAAGUGAUAGGCCGCGAGCCCAGGCAGACCCUCCAAAUCAGCCGGUGCCUAGCCUGCAGCGGCGGCUGAGCCAAAGGCUUCUGUCGGCCUUCAACAAUGGACCCUCGACAGUGGUUGUACGGCCAGAGAUGCGCUCACGUCCGAGUGUUCAGACAUUUGCUGUGGACAAUCAUUCCCCCCCUUCCGCCGUUGAUUCAUCCACUCCCUCUACACUGAACAGUGGAAGCUCCUCAACACAUGGGCGCGCCGCCGCCACAGUCACGCCCCAAACUUCAGAGCCAGUGACACCAACUUCUAUACAACCGUACGGUAGCGCGCAUUCGUUCGAUACUGAACGUCAACAUUGUGUGGACGAUCGUAUUCUGACACCAAUACCAGAGGCUGUUGUCGUGGAGACCGCAACCAUCAAGACAGCCGAGACCGCUGCGUCUGCGAAACUAUUCCUUGAGACAUAUUUCAAUUCUCUCUUCCAGGCUGGCCCGACCCGGUCACUUCGCAGGCAGAAACUUCAAGUCAUCUUGAGAGACCUUGGUCUGUCCAUUGAUGAAGAGUACAAGGUCCGAAAGGCUUGGGAUCGUGAAGAGAGCAAGGCGCUCCGCCAGGCUAGACUACUUAAAAACACCAAGGUGUAUGCCCGAGCAACGAGGGGAUUGACGCCUUGUGGUUUCGAAACGGUCAAAGUCUUGGGCAAGGGUAGCUUUGGAGUCGUUCGCCUGAUAAAAACAAAAUGUGCAAAGCCAGAGAGUGCGACAGUAACAUUUGCCGACCAUAGAACAUUUCUCCCUAGGCUAAACAAGCUGCGGGGGGCCAACAAGUCGAGGACCGAGGUGUUUGCCAUGAAAAUCAUUCGCAAAUCAGACAUGAUCCGAAAUGGACAAGAAGGUCAUUUGCGAGCCGAGAGAGAUCUGCUGGUGGCUGCCGAGGAAUCCACUUGGAUUGUGCCUCUAAUUGCAGCAUUCCAGGAUCACAAGCAUCUUUACCUAGUCUUGGAAUAUUCUCUCGGAGGAGAUUUUCUUGGAUUGCUCAUACGGAAAAACAUCCUUUCUGAGGAUGUCACCCGAUUUUAUAUCUCGGAGAUGAUUCUUUGUGUCGAAGAGGCACACUCCAUAGGAUGGAUUCACAGAGACGUCAAGCCUGACAACUUCUUGAUUGGCAAAGAUGGCCACUUGAAGAUUUCCGACUUUGGACUUGCAUUUGAUGGACAUUGGUGGCAUGACCAAAGCUUCUAUCAUGAUCAUAGACAACCCCUCCUCGACCACCUCAAAAUCAGGAUCGAUGGUGACGAUCAAGACAUCAAGGAGAAACGCGAGUUUGAUGAGAGACAAAGUGCUGCCCGGUCCAACAAACAAGAAAGAAGAGCAUGGAAAAACUCAGUCUUCUCAAAGGAUCAACCGAUCUUGGGAGAACCAAUUCUCGAUUGGCGCAACCGGUGUCAACGCCGUCGUCUUGCAAGAUCGGUGGUCGGAACUUCGCAGUAUAUGGCUCCAGAGGUUGUACGUGGCGAACUUUACGACGGACGUUGUGACUGGUGGAGCGUUGCUAUCAUCAUGUACGAAUGCCUCUAUGGUUUCACGCCGUUUGCCUGCGAGAAUCGUCAAGACACCAAGCUGAAAAUCCUUCAACAUAAGCGAACGUUACAGUUCCCUGAAAUGGCUCAUUCGGUCCAACCAAGUGCCGAAGCUAAGGAUCUCAUGAAGUCGAUUCUUGUCGAGAAGGAACGGCGGCUGAGUUGUCACCAAUAUGAGAGCAAUGACUAUACCAGAAAGAUUGUUGGUGGGAGAGUUAUGAGGCAAGCAGCAGACAAAACUCACAGCAACUACAAAGGUUACUUUGUCUUUUCUAACGAUGCCCAUGACAUCAAAGCCCACCCAUGGUUUUGUCCUCGAUCUGCAACUUACGCCCACGUGUCACUCACUUGGUGGGACAUUCUCGCAACGAAGCGUCCACCAUUCAUACCUCAUGUUCGAGAUUACCUAGACACUAGGUACUUUGACGAUGAAGGACCCGUCUCCGAUAUUGAUACGGCCUCUACCACAGAUACCCACGCCCCAGGAGACACGCGUGGAAUGGGUGUCCCACGCCGGGAGCCCAAGGUGAAUUUUUCGUUACGUCAGAGCCAGCAUCAGCAAGAGCAGCAAAAUAUCAUACCGUCGGGAGCGUUGACUCUUCCAUCAAAGGUUGACCUCACACCUGACGUACAAUAUGCCAGACAUGGUCCACCUGAUGAGUUGCGCAUUCCACAGCACUCUCCUCGAAAGAAUCCGCCGGAAGUUGAUCACCCGGAAAGACCUAAUGUGACUUUGGUAGACUUUGGCGACCAAGUUGAUGGGCCGCCAGAGAAUACAGUUGGAGGGGGGGAGAUGUUGAAAGUGGUGAAGAGAGAAGUCAAACGACCAAAGGACAUUGUUCUGCGGGAUGCCGGCGCAGGGAAACAAGCACUGAAGAUUCGACAACAGAACGCGUUCAUGGGUUACGACUACCGCCGCCCGCCCAAAGUUGAAGAAUUUGUCGAGAACAUGAUCUUGACGAUCUGA